GAGACUCACUUGAGUUCGGACGUGUGGUGCGCUUGUUUUUCCGAGUUUUCCGCUGUGUCGUCGCAACCGUCGUGUCUUCCGGACCGUGGAUCCCCUGAAUUUUUGCGGUCGUUGUGCAAGUGCAUGGCAGUCACGUACAGCCGUUGCAACAAAUACGAAAAAAAAAUAUUUAUAUUGAAAAACAGACGAACAAACAACCGCCAGAAGUAACCAAAUCAAUGUGGCAAAUAGUGUACUUUCGAUGCGCGCUCGUUGAUUGAUUAACACAUCACCUCCCACACACACUCCAAGUAUCCCAUACAGUACUCAGUACCCAGUACCCAGUACUCAGUACUCGUACUCGUACUCGUUUACCUGUGCAUCGCAAUCCGCUGCAAUUGCAAUUGCGCGGUGUGUGCAUCAUCAGCGGAGAACGUUAAAAGUGCCGCGACUGCAUUGUUUUGACUUUGAUCGUGUCUCGUGGUCUCCGCUACCCCGCCCCCAAAAAAAAACCAUACCAUACCGCCCACCGCUCCUCGACGAAGCGCGUGCGUGUUGUAACUUUUGAUUAGCUUCGGAGUCGGUCUUGGAAUUGGAUUUAGAUUCGGAUUCAGAUUGGGAUCUUGCAGUGCGCUUGCGUUUUUCGUAACUUAUCGCCGCCCACAUCUCGGCCAGGAAUUCGUUCUUCUUCUUCAGAGUCAACUGUCGGCAGAUGAGAUGUGCGUCCAAUUUGUGGCAAAAUUAAUUAUAUAAUUUCCAAUCACCGCCAAAAUCCCCGCAGAAAAUCAACUGCACAAAAGAAGAGAAAGAGAAGCGAUUGAAUAGACAAGCCACGCGUUGCUAAUGCGAAAGGAAACUCCCCGACAAUCGCCAGAAAUUGUGAAGAAAUAAAUAACGAAAAUACAAAAUGUCUAUAAAUAAUAAAAGACAUUCCCCAUUUGGAUUCGCUUGGAGCUCGUGGAGCGCCCUGCUGGUGCUCGCCGCCUGGUGCUGCUACCUCGGAUACUUCGGAUCGGAGGCCCAUGUGGCCCUCACCUAUCCACCUGCCCGCAAGUACGAUCUGGACUUUUUGGACAAUGCGCGAACAAAGGCGCCAUGUGGCAUGCCCAAAGGCUCCAUCCGCACCUCACUGCUCUCCGGCUCGCAGUUCAACGUCACCUGGCAUUUGGCCUAUGCGCACAAGGGCGGCUUUCGGUUGCAACUAUUGGAUGCCCUCGAUCGACCUGUUUUGGACCUCACGCCCCAUGUGAAUAACUCCGAGUUUGUCAGCACGGAUGCCACUGCCCAGUCCUACUUGGUGAACAUUCCCAAGGACUUUGAGUGCUUCAACUGCACACUACGGCUGCUCCGCCAGGCGGAUGAGUGGUCCACCAGCUAUCGAUUCUGGUCCUGUGCCGAUGUAGACAUCAGGCUGCGCAAGGACUUCAAGGAGACCUGUUCCGGCAACGGCAAAUACUUCCCUUCGCGUUGCAAGUGCGACAAAAACUUCUACGGACCCCAGUGUCAGUACAAGGACGAGUGCUCCUCCGAUGCCGACUGUGGUGUUCAGGGCAAGUGCGUGGAUCAUGGUGGAACCUCCCUGCCUCGACAGCAGUGCUACUGCAACUUUGGAUGGUUCGGAAUCGGAUGCAACAAGCGAUCUCCCUUCAAGAGCACCAACCUCGACCUCUCUUCCUAUGCCAAAAAGGAGCUUUCGCCCGAUUACCACGUCUACUGGAGGCUGCUCGAGGAGCAGAAGGAAAUCGAGAUGGUGCUCAAGGUCAACAGCACCUCGUGGGUUGGCUUGGGUUGGAGGCCGCGUGGAAUGACGCCGGAGUGCAAGAACUUCCCACUGAUAAGGGACAUUGGAGACUUGACCACAACGCUGGAGAGCUCUGCUCCGGAACCGAAGAGCGAACCGGAACCGAAGAGCGAACCGGAACCUAAGAGCGAACCGGAGCCGAAGAGUGAGCCGGAACCGAAGAGUGAACCGGAACCAAAAAGCGAGCCCGAGCCGAAGAGUGAGCCCGAACCGAAGAGCGAACCCGAGCCAAAAAGCGAACCAGAGCCUAAGAGUGAACCGGAGCCUAAGAGUGAACCGGAACCUAAGAGCGAACCGGAACCCAAGAGCGAACCGGAACCCAAGAGCGAACCAGAACCUAAGAGCGAACCGGAGCCCAAGAGCGAACCUGAGCCCAAGCGAUUGGCCGAGCUUAGAGCCGCACCGGAACCCACCAGUGAGCCGGAACCUAAGAGUGAGCCGGAACCGAAGAGUGAACCUGAACCCAAGAGUGAACCUGAGCCCAAGAGUGAGCCUGAGCCCAAGAGUGAACCGGAGCCUAAGAGUGAACCUGAACCUAAGAGCGAACCGGAACCCAAGAGUGAACCGGAACCUAAGAGUGAGCCAGAACCCAAGAGUGAACCGGAACCCAAGAGUGAACCGGAACCCAAGAGCGAACCGGAACCCAAGAGUGAACCGGAACCAACUAGUGAACCGGAACCCACGAGCGAACCGGAGCCGACGAGUACGCCUGAGCCUAAGAGUGAACCUGAACCGAAGAGUGAACCAGAGCCAAAAAGCGAACCCGAAGCACAGAACACCAAAUCAAAGAGAGUUGCCGGAGAUUUCAAGCAGGGUGUCUCUUCCGUUUCCACCAGCGUUUCCUAUCGCGUGAGCACCAGUGCAGACCGCCAUCGCCGAGAAGCAGAAUCACCCAAAUACCGACUGAACCCGUACACACCACGACAUGACUUCAAUCCCAUGGACUGCACGGACAUCGUGAUCGGAUCAGCUCGAGGAAUGGCCAGCAGAGUGGGUGACUACUACUCCCGGGAUCGAUCCACUCCACGCACCGAUGAGGUCUUCGGCGGCAAGUCAAACUUGGCUUUGGGUACGGGCUUUGAAGAGAACGGAGUGACCACUAUCAUCUUCCGCAAAAAACUGGUUGCGGAUGAGCCCACUGAUCAUACCCUCGACGAUGCGCUCACCCAUGUAAUUUGGGCCAAGGGUCAGGAGCCAAGUGGUUAUGUCCACGUUCCAGCCUCUGGUCUCGAGACACAAAAGUCCACGGUGAAGGACUUCUAUAAGCAGGAUGAACUGAAAUACCACGGACACCAAAUGCAACGAGGCGUGACUCAGAUUAAUUUCUUUGAAAAAGAGAAGCCAUCCGCAAGCACGGACCGCAAUGACCUGGGAACCAAUGUCCUGGACAACGAUUGCUUUGGCCACUGGAAGUACCCAUCUAGCUGCUCACCCCAGGAGCACUCCUGCGAGUACUACGCCAGCUGGGAGACGGUGGGCAAGGGUGACGAGAUGCGGUGGCACAUCGAAACGUCGAAUACGCAGACCUGGACGGGAAUCGGCUUCAGUGAUGACCAGAGAAUGUCGCAGACGGACGCGAUCAUUGGUUGGGUGGACGGACGCAGUGGCAGACCCUUCCUGAUGGACACCUGGGUGUUGGGCUAUGCACCGCCGAAGCUGGACGAUCGCCAGGACAUCUACAAUGCCUCCGGACGCAUCGAGAAGGGCGUCACCAUCCUGGAGUUCAACCGCAAGCGGGUUAGCAACGAUGAACAGGACUUGUCCUUCACGGACGACCAUUGCCUGUAUCUAUUUUUCCCGGUUCUCGGUGGAGCCUUCAAUGUGGUCAACAAGAAGAUACGCAAGCAUGAGCAGGUUCCGCCAAUCUCCUCGCAACGUGUCUGUAUCAAGUCCUGUGGCAAGGAACUGGAAUCCGUUUUUGUGGGCACCAGCACUCCGGCUCCAAGUCGACUGGUCUAUGCCGUGGGCGUUAAGUUGAUGAAUCUGGGCGAAUCCUAUGAGGCUCCGAAGCCCGGAACCGUGGAGUUCAACAACCUGGCAGCCACUAUUUCGGACUCCUUCAAUGGCAUCCUAAGUUCUCUGACUGGCUACUACAAAACUGAGAUUCUGGGCUUCGAAAAGGAGGGCAGCACCAUGGUGGCGAAGGUUCAGGCCAUGUUCGAUAAGGCGGAUGUGGAGAAGAAGCACGACUUGGAGACAAACACUAUUGAUAAAACCAGCGAUUCAGCAGCGCAGAAGAACGCCGAAGCGAUAAGAGCCGCCUUGAAGGACCAAAUUGCCACCGGUCGAGUGGGUUCACUGACGGUCGAUCCUCAGUAUCUUGACUUUGAGGCCUUGGAAUACAAGAGCUCCUCAGAGCCGAAUGCCAAGGAGACGCUGCUCUCCUUCUUCGACCUCUCGGAGACCCGUUUGUACAUCGUCCUGGGAUUGAUUGCAGCUUUGGUGCUCAUCGCCCUCAUCCAGGCAUUCUGCACCAUUUGGAAGACUUCGCGAAAGAGCAAGAGUACCAAGGAGAAACUCAUCCAAAACUCGCCCUGGAAGGAGUUUGCCUCGAACACCAACUACGCCUUCGAUCCCUACGGCGAAACGGAGGAGAAGAAUGUGGGCAAUAGCAAGGAGAAGGCGCGCCAUCGCCACCAGUCGACCACGAGCAGCCAGCAGACGACGCUGCCGAUGUCCCACUCGCCCACCAGCAAGUCCCAGAUGUACUACGAGAGUCCCAAUGGCCAGGGCAAGAACGGCAGCCACAACAACAACGGUCGCAGCAAUGGACGCACAGCCAACCAGGCGCAGGAGAGCAGCAUCAGUGGAGGAGCUGGACCAGGAGCAGGACCCUAUUCCCGCAGCUCCUACGCGGAGCGGGCGUACUCGCUGCCCCGCCAGGCGCAUCACUACCAACAGAGCCCGGCCAGCAUGCAGCCGUCGGGUUACUACACCCACGACAGGCGUACCGCUCGCCAGGGCAGUCGGGACAGGACGAUGGAGCGGGAAAGGGAGCGGGAGCGGGCGAGGGAGGAGGAGAGACGGCAGCGACAGGAUCGCGAUCGGGACUCUGGCUACGAUCGUUCGAGGGAUGAUCCGCGACAGAACGGUGGAUCCGAUACGCCGGACUUCUACUUCAUGCCCUCGCAGCGCAAGUAUUCCGGCGAGGUGGUGCGCGUCUACGUGGACUACAACAAGGAUCCGAAGCAUUAAGGCUCAAAGGACACACACAUACGAUUGUUUAUUUAAAGCUCGAUUUAAGUUCUACCAUCUGUACUCUCCGUCCCUCCGUUUGGCGAGUCCGUUUCGUGUCCCUCACAGAAAGGAUUUAAAGGAAAUAGAGGUCAAUUUGAGGUUUUACCUUUUUAAGAUCUGUACAACAAAACUAGAAAUCGUUAUUUUACAAAAAUCAAAUCCCUUUUUUGAAAGUAUAUAAUAUAAUUAAGGAACUAAUAUCAAGUUAGUCAUUCAACGUUCGAGAAGAAUAGGUUCAAGCUGACUUCUAUUUAAUAUACUUCUGUGCACUUCCGUUUCCUUUGAGUUCUCCUUAGUUUCGAUUUUGCCAUAAAGCAGUUUAGCUGCAGGUGCGCAAGCUUUACCACAGAACGCACAACGCAUGAUUCCACAACUUAGUGAAUUGUAUAUAUUUUGCAUAGACAUUAAAGCUUUUACAACAAAGAACAAAACAAAGCCACACAAAUCACAUAAAAUUAUUAAGCUAACUUUGCAAUUAGGUAAGUGCAUUGAAAAUGUUUUCGCAUUGGUAUAUCUUGAAUGUGCAAAGAAAAAUAGUCACUGUAUUUAAUCAAAUUAAAUAUACAAAUUAAGUUCAUACAUAUAAAUAAAGAUAAGUACAUUUAAAA